GGACAAUACAUUAUACAACCAUACAGUCAUACAGAUACAGAUCAGUAGCUUUGCAACAAGAGAAAAUCUUGUGCAUGCGACAGCCUGUUUUGACUGCCUUUUGUUUUAUAUUGGGUGAGGAAUCAUUUGACGGCCCGGGUUGUGUUCUGUGCAACGAGACAAUCCCGGCAUUGAUCCCUUUUUUCCCCUGGAUUUUAACCGUGUGCAAUUUGGGAGGACCACGCACUUGCGGUGCACGCUUGCCAUCUCCGUUGCUUUAUAAGCUUGCAGCGCGCGAGCCAACGAGAGAAACCGGAAGUCUCUUUUGAGGUUGCAACGCACGCACAGUUUGCAUCCGCAGCUUAGCUAGCGAGUGACGAGAUCACAGGGCAUGAUGAGUCCUGGCGUUUCGGCCAAGAAGCGCCACGCCGGCGCGGGGUUCACGCUCGGCUGCGGCUGCAAGGACGCGAAGAGCGUGUCCGUCUCGGCAUCGGCGGCGGGGACGCCGUCGACAACGGCGACGCGGCGCAGGAGCGCCGGGACGAACCCGUCGGGGUCGACGACGACGGACACUCUUACCAUGACGUCCGCGUCGUCGUCCUUCCUCUGGGAGCACUCCGUGGUGGAGUUCGACCACGACGGCGGCGGCGGCUGCGGGCCGGAGAGCUUCUCCGGCCUUCUGCGCGAGCUCAGCGAGCUGGAGCAGAGCGUCGCGUCGUGGGGCCGGAAGAGCCACCACCAGCACCACGACAAGAAACACUCGCCGGCGCCGUCGUCGCCGCUGCCGCCACAGGAGGACAGGAAGGAGAAGAACGGCGGCAACGGCGAUGCCACGGACAAACCAGGAGACUGCCGCGACGGCGGCGGCGGCGGCGACGGCGUCGGUGUGGCUCUCGACGGCAGCGUGGCGGUGGUGAAGCAGUCCGACGACCCGCUGGGCGACUUCCGGCAGUCGAUGCUGCAGAUGAUCGUGGAGAACGGGAUCGUCGCCGGCGAGGACCUCCGCGAGAUGCUCCGCCGCUUCCUCACCCUCAACGCGCCGCACCACCACGACGUCAUCCUCCGCGCCUUCGCCGAGAUCUGGGACGGCGUGUUCGCGGCUACUGCCUCCCUCGUCCACCACCACCACCCGCCCCCCUCCUCACGCCGCGAGCCGGUGGCUCCGGCGGCAAGGCCGCCCGCGCCGAGGACGCCUCCGCGCCACCGCCACCCUUCACCACGGGCAUGGCGCGUGUAAUCGUAACGCGUACGUGCAACGCUCGCACGCGCGCUGUGUAAUCACCCGCGAUGUGGGUUACUCCGGGGCAAUACACAAGUACUGCUACUCGAUAUCAAAUUGGAGAUUAGUCCGGUGACACCGUGCGUGCGUCUCUGUGCUUUCGCGCGUCCUCGCAUUUUGUCUCGUGUCAUUUAUCUUGCGGUGUGUGUGGUACACUGGUUACUGGUACAAAUCAUGAAGCCGAAAAGAGAAGGACGGGGGCAAAGCGGCAACGGCGUACGAAGGUUAGGACCGGCCGGUUCGGGGGCCGGAGUCACGGACGAUACGGGCGCGCGAGUUGGAGGGGCCCCGACGCGCGGGCUUGCACGUACGCAUGCGGGUGGAUCGGCGGUGGGUGGUUGGCGCGCGCAGGCGGCAACGACGCGAGCGAGGGCCGAGGGAGUGGGACUGUGGGAGUGGGAAGGCAAGGCAUCCACCUCGUCCUCGAUGUCAUGCGUGCUUGUCAUUCCGCGUCCAUCAGCAGCAGCCCAUCACGGGCACUGAAUUCUGAUGUCCCUUUCAGGUAACAUGUACGGGUUCCCGAUUCGCCGUCCUCCGACCCGGGCGGUGGUUGCUUGUCAGACUCCUACACUGCAACAAAAUUAACCGCAAGCUGUAGACGAAUGGCUAUAUUGGAACAA